GUUGGCUGUAAUGUCUUCAUAUGACCUCAAGAUGGCAGACUGCACCAAGAAUCUCCUUCGCCUUAUCAACGUCUCUCUCAAUAUACUGGCUGACAAGAUGAACCACAGCUCGACUGAACCGGCGGAGACCAUCGAGCCCCUGCGCUAUCUCAGGGUAUACUUUACAGAAUACUGACUCCAAGAAUGGAAGCAGCAGCAACACAGAAUGUCUCCCAGACAGUCGACGAGCAGGGAUAUCUUCUACGUCAACAUUGUGACCAGCUAGCACAACUGGGGAUGGCUAUGGAAGAGGUUCUUCACAGUGUGCAACGUCUCGAACAUACCCGGGAGCUGUUGCCGUCAACUGGCGCAGGAUACUCUACAACCAGCACAACAGCCCAUUCAGCAACGCGCUCAGGUCAGCAAUGCCCGUUUGUCCCUCCUGGAUAAAUAUGACGGUACCCCCAUCUAAAUGUUGUGGCUUCCUACUUCAGUGCUCCGUCUACUUUACACACCAGAUGGGAGCCCCCUCCACCAAGAGAUCCAAGGUUGCCACGGUUAUUUCUCUGCUCAAUGGGUGGGCGUUGGAAUGGGCCACGGCCGUCUGGGAGACGCGUUGGAAUGGGCCACGGCCAUCUGGACCUCCUGUGCGAGAAGGAACUGGCCUGUCGAGACGACAAUCUCUCCUUGGACGCACUCAUUGUGAUGGCCAUCCGUCUGGAUAACCUACUUCGCGCAGACGCAUCUACCCUCUGUCGGUGGCUGAGACCCAGGUCAUGGAGGAUUACAUCCAAGGGGCGCUCCAACAAGGUUUCAUCCGCACGUCCACUUCUCCUGCGUCUGCAGGAUUCUUCAUGGCCAAGGAGGAUGGAGGGUUACGUCCAUGUAUCGAUUACAGAGGACUCAAUUAAAUCACCACAAAGUACCAUUACCGCCAAGGAACCAUUCGUCAUCCUCACCGACAAUCGGAACCCGGAGUACAUACAGACAACGAGGCUGAAUCCGCGCCAAGCAAGGUGGGCCCUUUUCUUCACAAGGUUAGACUUCACACUGACCCAGGUAAAAAAAAACACCAAGGCCGAUGCCCUGUCCAGUCUCUACAAUUCGGGAGAGGGUCCUGUCCAGAAUGCACCUAUAAUCCCAUCCUCCCGAGUCGUAGCUCCUGUGGUAUGGAUCGUAUUUGUGGACAUUCGCCAGGCUCUGGAGAGGGACCCCGCACCCACUAACUGUCCUCCCGAGCGCAUCUACGUUCCCAUGGCGAUAAGGGAUCAGCUGCUGAACUGGGCGCACACAGCUGUCGUCGCUGGACAUCCAGGUAUUCCUCGCCCUACCCAAUCCAUCUCUGAGAAGUACUGGUGGCCCACCUUGGCGCAGGACAUCACUCGUUACGUCAACUCCUGUUCCGUAUGUGCCCAAACCAAUCCCCCCGGAACGCUCCAGCAGGGAAACUCCUUCCCGUGCCUCAGCGUCCCUGGUCCCAUCUAUCCAUUGACUUUGUUACUGAUCUCCCCUCCUCUGAUGGUUUCACCACCAUUUUGGUGGUUGUGGAUAGAUUUUCAAAAUCCUGUCGUUUAAUCCCUCUUUCUGGUCUUCAUACUGCUCUCCAGGUCGCUGAGGCACUAUCCCAGCAGAUCUUCCGCCAUUAUGGCCUUCCGGAGGACAUCGUCUCCGACCGUGGCCCCCAAUUCACAUCUCGGAUAUGGAGAGCCUUUAUGGAGAUGCUCGGGGUCACGCCCAGCCUCAGUCCAACGGGCAGGUGGAGAGAAUGAACCAGGAGGUUCCUGAGGAGUCACUGUCUGGACCGGCAGGGAGAGUGGGCUCGAUUCCUUCCAUGGGCGGAGUAUGCCCAGAACUCGCUACGUCACUCCUCCACUGGGUUGACCCCCUUCCAGUAUGUUCUGGGUUUUCAGCCGGCCCUGGCUCCGUGGACACCGGGCCAGACAAAAGCUCUUGCGGUUGAUGAGUGGUUCAGGCGUGAAGUGUGGAGUGAUGCUCACGAGACUCCAGCGCCCCGUCCACCAUCAAAAGGAGCAGGCAGACCACCACUGCAGUGAGACGCCCGUGUACCACUCUGGGGAUCGUAUCUGGCUUUCUACCAGGAACCUCCCACUGCAUUGCAGUGCUAGAGG